GUAAGAAAAAAAUGUUGAAAAGAGUGUAAAAUGAUUGAAUAAUGUAAAAAAAAAAAUGGUUGAAAAGAGUGAAAAUUUUGACGAAAAAUGGCCAAAACUAAGGAUAAAGAUUUUUCGAGGUGUUUUCGUAAAAAAAAGCCAACAACUCUUUGCAAUAGUCGGUCAAAGGGUUUGACUAACCGAAUGAGGAAAAGGCCAAAGUCAUGGGGGUGUUUGAUGUUUUCUAUACAUUAAGGGGGUAAAUAAUACAUUCUGCAUAGUAUAGGGGUGCAAAAUGAAUUUGACCCUAAUAAGAAUCAUAUAUUCAGCUAUAAAUUAAAGGUCACAAUAUAUCUUAAAUUGAAAAUCCAUCUCUUCUAGUUAUUAUCCUCCGCCAUACUUGAAGCAAUCCAAAUUCUUGGAACAAGCAAUCAAGCAUAGCUUACCCCGUACGUGGACCAGGUAGUGAAAUGGAAAACAACGAAACAAUAUAUCUUCACGGAGAUAUGGACCUUGUGAUUGUCGAAGCUCGACGCAUUACAAGCACGGAGUUUGUGUAUGAGGAUUUUCGUCGGUUAAGACACCCUUACGUUAAGGUGUAUCUCGGAGAAGCUAGAGUUGCUCAGACCACCCGUGUACGAGCUGACUCACAAAAUCCCAUGUGGAACGAGCAUUUUGAACUUCCAUUAGCUCACCCUGUGGAUCAGGUCAGAUUUGCUCUUAUUGACACUUAUAUAUCCAAAAAGGAAAUUGGUGCCUUUGUUCCGGCAAAGAGAAUUGCUAUAGGCGAUCUAAUAGAUGAAUGGUUUCCAGUGGUAGGAUCUAAUGGGACUUAUACUGCAAUAAGAUUGCAAAUCACAUUCACUCCUUGUGACAUAAAUCCAAGUUACACGAGUGGAAUCUCUGAAGACUAUUCAGUAAAACGUAGUUACUUUCCCAUGCGACACGGAGGAAAAUUAACUCUUUAUCAAGACGCACACGUGAUUGAUGGGAGGCUACCCGAAAUUGGGUUGGAUUAUGGAAGGAAAUUUGAGCAAAACAAAUGUUGGGAGGAUAUAUGUCAUACAAUAUGGGAGGCACAUAAUUUGAUAUAUGUGAUUGGAUGGUCUAUAUACCACAAGGUGAGGCUCGCGAGGGAGGAUAGUAAACAACUGCCGAAUGGUGGAGACUUGAAUUUAGGUGAGUUGCUCAAGUAUAAGUCUCAACAAGGGGUGAGAGUUGUACUACUCAUUUGGGAUGAUAAGACUUCACAUGACAAUUGCUUUAUUAAAACCGGAGGAUUGAUGAAAACUCAUGACAAAGAAACUCGAAAUUUUUUCAAGCACUCCCCUAUCACUUGUGUGUUGGAUGCUCGUUACAGAAUUAACAAUGUCAUACCGCAGGCAUGCUUUACAAUUUACUUUAUGCAAAUUAAUUCCACUAAACUAUUGCCUUAAUAAUUUCGAAUUUUGGUUGAUUUUCUGAAAAACCUUGGACGAUGAUCAUUUGUACUUUUCAUCAUCUGUUUAGGUUUGUCGAAUAUUCUACAGUCAACAUCAGAAAUGUGUGAUAACAGACACCAAAGGACAUGAAAAUAAUCGAAAAAUAACUGCAUUCCUUGGUGGUUUGGACCUUUGUGAUGGGCGAUAUGAUACACCAGAUCAUCAAUUAUACGAUGACCUCAACACUCUCUUUAAGGAUGACUAUCAUAAUCCUAUAUUCCGUGUAAGCCACUUCUUCAUUUAAAUCUCUUGCAUCAAUUCUUCAUGCUUAUAAAAAUGCACUUGGUUAAAGAAAUAUGAUUGGUGAUAAGAAUAUGAGAGGAUUGUGAAAAACUUCCUAAGUCUUAUAAUAUGUAGAUAAUAAAUAAAACGAUUGGGUGUUAUGGUCUAAGAACUAUCAUCGCUCUUUUUUCUACUUAAACAAAUUCGCAACAAUAUCUUAUAGUAUCUUAAGGAUGAAUUUAAAAGCUGAAAGUUUCAUCAUGUAACUUAAUAACUUAUUAUGUGCAUUUUCAUUCUUGAAUAACUUACUCAUGCACUUCUGGAUAUGUGAAUUUUCAUUCUCGAAUAGUUUACUCAUGCCUGUCCCAAUUGAAAGGGAAUACACUUUCUUAUUCUAAUUCGCGAAUAAUUUACUCAUGAACUUCCCCAUUAAAAGGGAAUACACUUUCUUGCUUCCGUUCUUGUGUUUUGUUCCACUUCGUUGGAAAUAAAAGAAAUUAAAAUCUAGCAUUAAUGUGGAUGUUAUUGCCAAUACCAUUUUAUGAUUUUGCAUCAAAAGCGGUAACAAACAUGUUAA